AUGGACGAAAAGCCUUUCGAUGAUGACAAGGCCUUCGACUCGGAUGCUGUGCACAUCGAAAAGGGAGAGACUGGAGACCGUUCCUACUCCGUUGCUGCCGCCCAGCAUGCCGCCGACUCGGAGCGUAAGCAAUCACUCUGGCAGGCACUCAAACGCGAGCCCAAGUCGGUCUUUUGGUCAGUCGCAGUGUCGACCGCAAUCAUCAUGGAAGGCUACGACAUCGUCCUCGUCACCUCGCUCUUCGCCCAACCCGCAUUCGCCAAGCGCUACGGCACCUAUCUCCCCAGCGGCUCCUACCAGAUCCCGGCCAACUGGCAAACUGCGCUUGGUACAGCACCGAUUGUUGGCGCAGUGGUGGGCGCCGCGCUCAACGGCUUCUUCACACACAAGUUUGGCUACCGAAAGGUCUUGUUGGCGUCACUCCUGCUCAACACCGGCUUCAUCUUCCUUCUCUUCUUCGCCACCUCGCUUGGGAUGCUCUACGCUGGCUUGAUCCUCUGUGGACUGCCAUGGGGUGUGUUUGCAACGAUGGCCCCUGCCUACGCUUCCGAAGUCUGCUCCGUCACCCUGCGCGGCUACCUAGCGGUAUAUGUCAAUUUCUGCUGGGCUGUUGGUCAGCUGAUUGCAGCUGGUGUAUUGGAUGGAUUUGCAACCAGCACGAGUCAAUGGGCAUACCGCAUUCCAUUCGGCAUCCAAUGGGCCUUUCCUCCAUUCCUAAUCGCACUUAUCUGGUUCGCCCCUGAAUCUCCCUGGUGGCUGGUACGAAAGGGAAAGAUCGAAGAGGCCAAGCGUGCCCUUGAAAGGCUGACCUCUCGCGCCAAUCAUGCAUCCAUUCCAGACCAACUAGCGCUCAUCCGGCAUACCAAUGAAAUCGAAGAUGAACAACAGUCCGGGACGAGCUACCUCAACUGUUUCCAAGGCACCGACUUGCGGAGAACCGAGAUUGUCUGCCUGACCUGGGCGGCACAGAUCUGGGCUGGCACUUCCCUCGCUGGCACUCCGACUUACUUCUUCACCCAGGCCGGCUUGUCAGCUUCGAAUUCCUUCAAAUUCACCGCUGGCGGGCUGGGACUCGCGUGUAUUGGUACCAUCAUUUCCUGGGGCCUCCUCACUCGCUUUGGACGCAGAACUCUGUAUGUAUGGGGACUGGGAAUCCUCUCAAUUGUUCUCCUCAUCACCGGCAUCAUUGCGGCAGCCUGGAGCGGCCACAUCUCGAGCUUCACGCAAGCUGGCUUCGUCAUGCUCUGGCUGUUCAUCUUCUACAUGACCGUCGGCCCGGUUUGCUAUCCCAUCAUCUCCGAGACAUCGGCCGUGCGACUACGAAACAAGUCGGUGUCGCUUUCACGUAUCAGCUACUACAUCAGUCAGAUCAUCGGAAACACCAUCGAGCCGUAUAUGAUCAAUCCGGGCGAGGCGGACUGGCAUGGCAAGACGGCCUUCUUUUGGGCUGGGACCUGCUUCGUCUUCUUCGUCUGGGCCUUCUUUCGAUUGCCAGAAACCGGCCGCAGGACAUACGAGGAACUUGACAUUCUCUUUCAAGCGAGAAUUCCGGCCCGAAAGUUUAGCAAACUCAACGUUGACGCCUAUGCAGCACCGGGCGAGAGGAUCAAAGAGGAUUGA